CUGGUGGCCAGGGUGGGUGGCCAAGUCCUGGCCACUCUUCCCAACCUGUUUCCCCAGCCAGGUGCCGAGGAGCCCCCGCACCGUGGAGCUGCCACCAUGCAGCACCGAGGGCCCAGCGGCAUCAACCAGCUCGGGGGGCUCUUCGUGAACGGCCGCCCGCUGCCCGUCUGCAAGAGGCAGAGGAUCGUGGAGCUGGCGGCGCGCGGCCUGCGCACGGCGGACAUCUCCCACAGCCUGCAGGUCUCCACUGGCUGUGUCAGCAAGAUCCUGGGCCGCUUCUACCGCACGGGAGCCGUGGGGCCCAAGGCGAUGGGGGGCAGCCGGCCGCGCGCCGCCACCCCCGCCGUGGUGGCCAGGCUCGUGCAGCUCAAGCAGCAGCAGCCGUCGCUCUUCGCCCGGGAGAUCCGCUGCAAACUGCAGGCCGAGGGCCUCUGGGCCGGCAGCCGCGUGCCCAGCGUCUCCUCCAUCAACCGGGUGCUGAGGAACCUGCAGAGCCACCAGCAGCUCCUGUCCUUUGCCAGGGACCCGCUGCCGCUGGGCUGCUGCUUUCCAAUUGGACCUAGAGCCGAUGUCCCCAUGGAGACCCCGCGCCCAUACCCGGACACACACCCCCGGGAGAGGCUGGCCAGAGCCACGCAGCUCCCGGAUGCCACCAUCAGGGUCUGGUUCUCCAACAGAAGAGCCAAGUGGCGCCGGGAGGCCAAGCAGUGGCUGGAGGCCAGGAGUGGAGGAACCUGGUGCGAGUGGCUCCUGCCCCCCGUGGCCAUGGGCCCACCGGCCGUCGCCACCUUGUGCCCUCCUGCUGCCGCCUUCCCCGUGCAGGUAGGACCCGGCUCCUAG